ACUGUAAUUUAAUUAUUCCGCGGAAAUCUGCAGGCACGUAUUUCGUUUGGGCCUGGUCAUGAGUGUCAUCACUUUCAUCACAGACGCAUUGUCCAACCAGUGAGUUUAAGGAAGUUAACAGCAUACCUUUAUAUGUGUCUUGACUUAACUCUCAACACUCAAUCUCCAUCAUUUUGCCUCUUACUGUGACUGAACACAAGUCUGUGUCCUCUCUAGUCUCUCACUAAGACAGGAUGACCUUUCAACAGCCAAAGCCUUUUGACAUGACACACACUUCUAACCAAUGGAGUACUGGAAUCUGUAACUGCUGUGAUGAUAUACCAGAGUGUUGCUUUUCAUUUUUUUGCUUUCCUUGUUUUGCCUGCUCGACGGCUCGUAAGCACGGCGAGUGUUUGUGUCUCCCUCUGCUCGAUUUUACCGGAUGCAUACCUCCGAUAACGUUGGCCAUGCGGGUAUCAGUGCGCAGUCGCUAUGGAAUCCAGGGUACCAUCUUUAAUGACUGCCUUUAUUCUGCCUGCUGUGGUCCCUGUGUCUGGUGUCAGAUGUCUCGAGAAAUGAACGUUCAUGGACAAACAGCCACACUUGUUAGGAGUCAACCAAAAUGAAGAAAUCUUGGACCCACCCACUGUGAUUCAUUUAGAUCUGCACAUCUGUAUUUGUUGCAAGUCUGUUUGUGUGUCUUUUUCUGUAAUAUAAUAAAGAAAGAAAUUACAAGAAAUAAUAUAUUCAUUAAACAUACCAGGGUCAAUAUCAUUAUAAAGUGCCUUUUGCUGUCUUCAUCAGAAUCACUCCGUCAUCAUGAAUAUAAUCCAUAAUAAUGAAAUUCUGAGGUUUACUUAUACAUGACCAGACAUUUACAGACAUAUAAGUUCAAUGAUAAGUCUCUUGAAAUAUGUUUUUCCCAUUUUAUAAAAUUUUCUUUGAUUGGAUGUAUGCGAUGUCCAAGA